AUGUCUAACCUCCCCAAAAAGAUCAUUUCCAUUGCCAAAAGUCUCCCAGGAAUUAAAUAUCCACUGGUGACCGGUCACUCUGGAGAAUUGCCGGGCUUCGUGAAGCCGCAGCUAGUUGACCUGAGCCACCUCUUGUUCAACGAAUAUACCGAAAAGGCCUACACAGGCGAGCUGACUGAGGGCAUACACACCCAGCACGCCAUCGAUGGGGAGGGCACCCAGCAUCUCUAUCUGUAUGUCAAGGAGCACCCUGUCGAUGCGGCCAUAGCCAAGUCGCUCUUCAGCCGACGGGACACAAGCCUGAAUUUCUUCAAGAGCAUCAACGGCUACUUCGGUUGCGACAAUCCGAAUGACCCUGCCAUUAUGGAUGCCCUCAAAUGGAACGCCAGCAAGGACUUCCGCGGCGAGACGCUGGCUCUGCGAGAACAGCAUAUGAUCAACCACGAGGCUCUCCUCCGUGAAACCAUGCUCAACGGCGGCAACAUCAACAACAUUCCAACUGUGGGCUUUCUAGGCCCCAACUUUGUCCACCUGAGCCACCACCGCGCCAUCAUCGACGAUGCUACCUGCAAGUACAUCUACUAG